AUCCCACGAAACAGUCGGGUUAUUAUAUCACCACUGUCCGAAACAACCCACAGGUAGAGAGAGAGAGAGAGAGAGAGAGAGAGAGAGAGAGAAUCUAGAGAGAGAGUAGAGAUAGAGAGAAAGAAAACAAAGGGGGCUUUGUAAAAGUGGGUGAGGAGACGACCUCGCGCUGUCUUCAAGUGUCGUGCAUGCAUUUUGUGCAUCUGUUUUCCUUUGCAUGCACACAUGCUCUCUCUCCUCCCCUCCCUCUCUCUCCUCAUCUCUCUCUACCUCUUCAUCUGUAUGUCUAUCUAUAAAAUAAUCAUAUAAUUAUUCCUCCGUAAAACCUCCAUCGCCGGAUUUAUCAUCUAUCUUACUGUCACAGACCUACCGCUCAGUUGACCCCUUCUCUCUCCGAUUGAUUCACUUCACGAUUUGAAGUCUCUAAACAAGUCCAAUUUCUCCGCUUAAUUUUGCAUGUGAAUGUCGCAUUCACUACUUCGCAUCAAAGAUUGGCCUGAGAUUCAUUUGAGAUUUGAAUUUUCGGGGGUCAAUGGCGAAGAUUUGCGUGAACGAGACGUGCCAGACGACGACGACGUUUGAAUGGAAGAAAGGCUGGGGCUUGAAAUCCGGUGGAUUUGCUCUCCUCUGUUACAAAUGCGGAUCUGCAUAUGAGAAUUCAGUUUACUGUGAGACGUUCCAUGUGAGCGAAUCUGGUUGGAGGGAUUGCAAAAUAUGUGGAAAGCGUAUCCACUGUGGAUGCAUCGCUUCCAAGUAUUUGCACGAGUACCUGGAUUUUGGGGGUGUAGGAUGCAUAAGUUGUGCAAGGAGUUUGGAGACUCGCUUGAUAAGACCUAUUCAGAUCCCAAAUGAUGAUACUCCCAAUGGAUUCAGCCCAUUGACAGCAAACAACAUCAGUGCUCCUAGGUCCUCUUUUUUUGAAAAUACCAUAGGCAGUAUCAGUAUGGAUCAGCGGAAGCUUAUGAAGGUGAGCAAAUCUCCGGAUGCAAAGGAGCUCACCCACUUCCCUCAAGCUCAGAGGAGCGAAGCUAAUGCAUCUGUUGCGAAAAUCAAACGAGAAGAGAUGACAGGCUUUCCAGAGAUGAUGCAACGGGCUGCUGGAUCUUCUAUUUUCGCCAAAACAGAGAAUAGCGGGUCAAUACUAGGGUCAAAAGAUAUGUAUGAGUCACUAUCUCGGCGGUUCUUAAAUUUCCCUUUGGGGACUCCUUUGGAUACUCCAAAUUCUCUUUUACCUUGUCCUAGUGGGGUUGUGGAAGGAAGGGAACAGAACAAAACGCCUCCCUUUCAACAAGGGCAAAGGACACGCCAUAUUUUGCCCAAGCCCCCCAAAGCUGGCCCCGCCAUUGGUUCAGAGGCAAAUAAUGCAACGGUCUCUACGACGCGUGUUGCAAGGCCUCCGGCUGAAGGUAGGGGCCGCCAUCAGCUACUUCCGCGUUACUGGCCGAGGAUUACAGAUCAAGAACUGCAACAAAUAUCUGGAGACUUGAAUUCCAAUGUUGUGCCGUUGUUUGAGAAGGUGUUGAGUGCUAGUGAUGCUGGUCGAAUUGGUCGUUUGGUUCUCCCUAAAGCAUGUGCUGAAGCAUAUUUUCCUCCUAUUUCUUCAUCGGAAGGCUUACCAAUAAUAAUUCAGGAUGUAAAAGGGAAAGAGUGGACAUUCCAAUUCAGAUUUUGGCCCAAUAACAACAGCCGGAUGUAUGUGUUAGAGGGUGUAACCCCUUGCAUACAGAAUAUGCAAUUACAAGCUGGUGACACUGUGAUUUUUAGUCGGAUAGAACCUGGGGGUAAACUCGUCAUGGGCUUUAGGAAGUCAUCAAACUCCGAUAUGCAGGACAGUCAAACAUCUUCCCUCCCUAACGGCGCUCCCUCUGAAGAAACCUCCCCUUUUGGUGUUAAUGACAACCCGGCUACCGAUGGAGGCGGGCCCAAUGAGGAAUCAUCGCAACGGCCCCUGCUGAUUCCGGAGAAGAAGAGGUCUCGAAACAUUGGGUCCAAAAGCAAGAGGCUACGCAUGCAUAGUGAAGAUGCUAUGGAGCUCAGACUCACAUGGGCGGAAGCACAGGAGUUGCUCCGCCCUCCUCCAAGUGUCACACCUACCAUUGUCAUGAUUGAGGAUCAAGAAUUUGAAGAAUAUGAUGAACCGCCAGUUUUUGGAAAGAGGACUAUGUUCACAGCCAAAGCAUCUGGUGAACAGGAGCAAUGGGCUCAGUGCGAUAGUUGCUUCAAGUGGCGACGGUUGCCCAUGGACGUUCUUCUCCCUCCAAAGUGGACGUGUGUGGAAAAUAUUUGGGACUCAAGCAGAUCUUCAUGUUCUGCACCUGAUGAGAUAAGUCCAAAGGAACUCGAAAGUCUUCUUGGACUUGGCAAGGAAGUAAAGAAGAGGAAAAUCAGAGAUAGCCCCAUUGUAACCGAAGCCGAGGAACUCGAGCCUUCCGGCUUAGAUGCUUUGGCCACUGCUGCAGUCUUAGGAGACAAUGCGGUCGACGCUGAGGAUCCAUCUGCGGAGCCCACCACCAAACAUCCUCGGCACCGCUCCGGCUGCACUUGCAUCGUGUGCAUUCAGCCCCCCAGUGGAAAAGGCCGACACAAAUCCACCUGCAUUUGCAACGUCUGCGUGACUGUGAGGCGCCGCUUCAAAACCCUAAUGCUGCGGCGGAAGAAACGUGAAGCAGAAAUUGCCGUUGCCCGGGGAAAGGAGCCGGUUCCGCCCACGGAGGAGAAUUCGGAACGUGCCAACCCAUCGGAGGAGGGCAAAAGGCAGAACAGAGUUCCGAAUGAUGGUGGGGGAGAGAGUAGCAACGGAGGAUUAGACUUGAAUUGCGAUCCGAACCGGGAGGAUGAAGUUGGGGAUUUGAGCAUGGCAAGCCUCAUUCGUGCAACUAAUUUUCCGGUGGAGUACUUGAGGGAGAACGGGAUCGGAGAUUUAGAUCUGGGUCCUUGUUUGCUGUUGCAAGCCGCGGGAGAGACCGGAGACUGCCGACCUGAUGAGGGCCAAGGGUGUGUUUCUGCUUUAGUCGAAGAAGAAGAAAAAGGAAAAGACGGUGAUGAAGGUAAUUGAGCUUCAGAUAUAAAUAAAAAAAAGAAAAGAGAAAGGUAAUUGAGCUUCAAUUAAGAAGGUUUUUCAUAAUUAAUUUUUUUUUGGGGGGUGGGUUUUGAACCAUACAUGAGUCUGUUGUAUUUCUUCCUUUUGAAUUAUAGAUGCAUCUGUUGUAUUUCCUUCAUAGCCAACUUAUACAUCUUUACAGUUGAGAGGGUGCCUUUAAGUUACCCAAAAAAAGAGGGUGCCUUUGGUUUUUGGUUUUAAA